AUGGCCCGGGUCGGUGCUGGGCAGUGGUGGACUGACAGGGCAGUUGCAGGUAAAGAAGAGUCGGUGGCCACCUUCAAGGGCAACGAGUUCUUCUGCUACGACCUGUCUAUGACGCCCAUCCAGAGCAGCACGGACGAGAUCACGCUCUCCUUCCGGACGCUGCAGAGGAACGGCCUCAUGCUGCACACGGGGAAAUCCGCCGACUACGUCAACCUGUCCCUGAAGAGCGGAGCGGUGUGGCUGGUCAUCAACCUGGGCUCCGGAGCCUUCGAGGCCCUGGUGGAACCGGUCAACGGCAAGUUCAACGAUAACGCUUGGCACGAUGUCCGCGUCACCAGAAACCUGCGCCAGCAUGCAGGCAUUGGACACGCUAUGGUGACCAUUUCGGUGGAUGGUAUACUGACCACCACGGGCUACACCCAGGAGGACUACACCAUGCUGGGCUCCGACGACUUCUUCUACAUCGGAGGGAGUCCCAACACGGCCGAUCUGCCGGGGUCGCCGGUUAGCAACAACUUCAUGGGCUGCCUCAAGGACGUUGUCUACAAGAACAACGACUUCAAGCUGGAUUUGUCUCGCCUGGCCAUCGAGCGAGACCCUAAAAUCACCCUGAACGGAGACCUUGUGUUCCGCUGCGAGGACGUGGCAGCCCUGGACCCCGUCACCUUCGAGACCCCCGACUCCUUCAUCUCUCUGCCCAAGUGGAACACCAAGAAAACCGGAUCCAUCUCCUUCGACUUCAGGACCACGGAGCCCAGCGGCCUCCUGCUGUUCAGCCACGGACGGCCUCCCCAGGGUCCUAAAGAGCAGAAGCCCGGGCGGGAGCUGAAGACGGACUACUUUGCCAUGGAGCUGCUGGACGGGUAUCUGUACCUCCUCAUUGACAUGGGCUCCGGGAAAACCAAGCUCAAGGCCAGCAACAAGAAAGUCAACGACGGGGACUGGUGCCACGUGGAUUUCCAGAGGGAGGGGAGGAGAGGCUCCAUCUCAGUGAACAGUCGCAGCAUGCCCUUCAGUUCCCCCGAGGGCAGCGAGAUCCUGGACCUGGACAGCGACAUGUACCUAGGGGGUCUUCCUGAGACCAAGUCCGACCUGAUCCUGCCCCCGGAGGUCUGGACCGCUCUGCUCAACUACGGCUACGUGGGCUGCGUGCGAGACCUCUUCAUCGACGGGAAGAGCCGAGACGUGCGGCGCCUGGCGGAGAUCCAGAGCGCCAUGGGGGUCAGCAGCUUCUGCACCCGCGAGCUGCAGAAGAGGUGCAGCAGCGCCCCCUGUGGCAAUGGCGGGAUCUGCAAAGAGGGCUGGAACCGCUACAUCUGCGACUGCACCGGCACCGGCUUCCUGGGGCCAAACUGUGAGAUCGAGUCCACGGUGCUGAGCUACGACGGCAGCAUGUACCUGAAGAUCAUCGUGCCGGUGACCAUGCACACGGAGGCGGAGGACGUGGCCCUCAGGUUCAUGUCGCAGCGAGCGUACGGCCUCCUGAUGGCCACCACCUCCAAGGAGUCUGCAGACACGCUGAGGCUGGAGCUGGACGGGGGACGCAUCAAGCUCACCGUCAACCUGGAUUGUAUCAGGAUAGACUGUAGCCUGAGGUUGCGCUGUGGAAGUGGUCAUGGUUGGGAGACAGCUGCAGCGAGAUGGGAGGAGGAGGAGAAGAAGGCUUCGUCUGGGAACAGCACGGAGUAA